AUGAUAGAUACAGGUAGUCAGGUAAAUAUUCUCAAAAUAAAUUGCUUACGCGAAGAACUAGAAGUAGACGAAACGCAAAAAAUAAAUCUACGCGGUAUAAAUGAAUGUCUUACAAAAACCAUAGGGAAAAUAUCAAUAUUAAUUAAAUUAAAUAGCGAAAACAUUAAAACAGAAUUUCAUAUCGUAAGUGCACGAUUUCCAAUACCCAAGGACGGAAUAUUAGGAAACGAGUUCUUGUCAAAAAAUAACGCAAUAGUCGAUGUAGCAAACAACAAAUUAAUUAUUCAAACGACCUCGCAUGCGCUAACAAAUUUCAAGGAGACCGACAAAACCAGUUUUAUUAAAUUAAAUCCGCGGACUGAAACUAUUGUAGGAAUACAGAUAGCUGACCCACUCAUAGAAAGCAAAGAAAUAUUUAUACAUAAGCAAGAACUAGUAAAAGACGUAUAUUGCAGUAGUACAGUAUCAAUCGUUAAUAAUGGUAGGGCAAUAGUUAGCAUGUUAAAUAUCUCGGAAGAAACGAAAAAUAUAUCUGAAUUUGAUUUAAAUAAAAUACUCUUUGAUACUGAAUACGAAAUAUAUAAUGUAGAAUCGACAAAUGAUCAUAAAGAACGAAUAGAACGUUUGAAACAAGUAAUAAUAACUGACCAUAUGGACGAAAUUGAAAAACAAUCUAUUUACGAAAUAUGCGAACGAUAUAAUAACAUAUUUCAUUUGGAAGGGGAUGUUUUAACAUUCACCAAUGUCGGUACACAUUCUAUUAAGUUAAAAAAGGAUCAGCCACCUAUCUAUCGUAGACCUUAUAGAUUACCACACGCACAACAGGAGGAAAUAAAUUCACAAAUUCAAAAAAUGGAAGAAAAUGGAAUUAUCGAGAAAUCGAGAAGUCCAUGGAAUUCCCCACUAUUAUUAGUACAAAAGAAAAUGGACAAUUCAGGAAAACAAAAGUUUAGAGUAGUAGUAGACUUUAGGGCACUUAACGAAGCUACUAUAAAUGAAUUUCACCCUUUACCAAAUAUUACAGAAAUACUAGAUCAACUAGGAAAUAGUCAAUUGUUCUCUCUAUUAGAUUUAUCGAGUGGUUUUUACCAAAUUUUGAUGGAAGAAGACUCACGAGAGUUAACAGCCUUUUCGACUAACCAAGGUCACUGGCAUUUCAAACGAAUGAUACAGGGAAUGAAAACGAGUCCCGGAACCUUCCAAAGAGUUAUGAAUUCAGCUCUGGCAGGUUUAAUAGGAAUAAAAUGCUUAGUAUAUUUAGACGAUAUAAUAGUAUAUGGAAAAAAUUUAUAUGAUCAUAACGAAAAAUUAAUAGAAGUUUUCGAGCGUUUACAAAUAAGCAAUUUAAAAUUACAACCAGAUAAAUGCAACUUCUUAAAAAGAGAAUGUGUAUAUCUAGGACACGUUAUUACGAAAGACGGAAUAAAACCCGACGAACGUAAAUUAAAAGCAGUAGUGGAAUUUCCAAUACCAACAACCGUAAAAAACAUUAAAUCAUUUUUAGGAUUAAGUGGUUAUUAUAGGAAAUUCAUAAAUUCAUAUAGCGCAAUAGCAAAACCACUAACCAAUUUAUUAAAGAAAGACACGAGUUUCGUAUGGAGUAACGAAUGCCAAAAGUCAUUCGAUACCUUGAAGGCAGCGUUAUGCUCAGAACCAGUUUUAAAAUAUCCGGAUUUCACAAAAACCUUCUUAUUAACUACAGACGCGAGUAAUAAAGCACUCGGAGCUAUUUUGUCUCAAGGAGAAAUAGGUAAAGAUUUGCCAAUAUGUUAUGCGUCGCGCACAUUAAAUAAAAGCGAAAGCAAUUAUUCAACAACAGAAUUAGAAUGUCUUGCAAUAAUAUUCGGAGUUAAACAGUUUCGACCAUAUUUAUACGGUAGGAAGUUUAUAAUACUUAGUGACCAUCGUCCAUUAACGUGGCUCUUUAAUUUAAAAAAUCCAUUAUCAAAGUUAGCUAGAUGGAGAAUACAAUUAGAGGAGUAUGAUUACGAAAUACGUUACAAACCCGGAGUAUCAAAUUCAAAUGUAGAUGCACUCACACGCAUGUACUCUAUACAGGAAAUAAAAAACGAAUCAUAUGAAAAUUUUCUCGAAAAAUUAGAAACACAAAUUAUAACAAAUAGUAAUGUAAAAGAAACUAUAGGCACAGUAAUAGAUUCACCAAACGAAUAUAAUAUAGUGUCAGAAAUUGCCAAGCAAUAUAAUUUCAGAACAGGAAUAAAUUAUCAGUUAAAAAAACAAUUUGGAAACGGUAUAAUAUUACCGACUAGUAAAGUAAUAGGGGACACACCAUAUUUCAAACAUGAAAACCGGUUUAUAAUAUUCUUAGUAACAAAAAACAAAGAACGCCAAAGGGCAACUUACGAAAAUAUAUAUAUAUCGUUAAUAAAUUUAAAAUUAUUUUGUAAAGAAAACAAUUUGAAUAAAUUAGCCAUGGGCAAGCUAGGCGAUCACGACGAUUUAGAAUGGGAAAAAAUAAGGUCAAUGUUGCGAUACAUAUUUCGCGAAACAAAUAUAGAAAUAAUUAUAUGUGCAAAUGUAGAAUAUAGUGAAGAAGAAAAAGCAGUCAUUUUAUCACAAUUUCACGACUCAAAACUAGGCGGACAUUUAGGUGUGAAUAAAACUACUAAACGUAUAAAAAAACAAUUUAUAUGGAGGGGAAUGAAAGAAGAUGUUAAAAAAUAUAUAAGGAAUUGUACGUCAUGUCAGGUUAAUAAGGUAUCAAAUCGACACAUAAAACAACCAAUGGCUAUUACAUCCACCUCGUCUAAACCAUUCGAAAAAAUAUUUAUGGAUAUAGUAGGGCCCUUGCCGAUUACACUGUCCAAUAAUGUAUACAUUUUAACGAUGGAGGACGAUUUGACACGUUACACUUUAGGAAUUCCACUUCCUGACCAGAAGGCAAAUACUGUUGCGGAAGCCUUUGUUACACACUUCGUUUGUGUACACGGCAUACCAGAAACAAUACUCACGGAUCAAGGAACUAAUUUCCUCUCGAAAACGUUUGCAAAUGUUUGUAAAAUAUUAAAGAUAGAAAAGGUUAACACAAGUCCAUUCAGACCGCAGGGUAACCCCGUAGAACGCGCUCAUAGGACCUUAGCCGAGUACUUAAGACAUUAUGUAGAUAAGAAUUUAAAUAAUUGGGACCAUUUACUACCCUUUGCAUUCUUUGUAUAUAAUUCAACGGUACAUACUUCUACUAAUUUUCAACCAUACGCAUUAGUCUAUGGACGUACGUUGGAGGUACCGAUUAGAUUAAAAGCCGAACCUGAACCACGUUACAAUUAUGAUGAUUAUAUAUUCGAUCUAAAAGAAAAUAUGCAAAUUUCGCAUAAAAUAGCUAGAGAUCAUUUAAUUAAAAAUAAAAUAAAAAGUAAAGAACGUUAUGAUAAAAAUGAAAAUCCACAAGAACUACACGUUAAUGAUUUAAUAUUAUUAAAAGAUAAUAAUCAUAGAACGAAACUCGAUCCAAUCUGGCUAGGACCGUACGAGGUCACAGCAGUUAUAGGGAACGAGAAUGUAGCUAUACAGCGAGGCCGCAAGGUCAUCACUGUACAUAGAAAUAACGUAAAAAAAUAUUAUAAUGACGCACAAGUCGAUUAA